UUCACAUGGGAAAACAAAAUUCCAAACCCCUCAUAUGGACUUCAAAGUUCAAUCUUUAACUUCAGAUUCAUCAUCCCAUAUGCAAUUAGGUACACAAUUUGAUUCUGUUAUUGAUAAAGAUUGCAAAAGCUCCAUACUUUACUUGAUUCUUUGUCGAUGAAACACUUUUGACUAAAAUAGGAAGUGGGUUCAGAUGUGUUUCCCCAAUUUAAUUCGCCAUAAAGAAAGAUUAAGAUUGUGAGGCGUAAAAUUGUACUUGUAAGGCGAGAAGUUAGUAGAUGAAGCUGGAAAACGAGAUGAUCCGUUCAUCAGAAUCACUUGCAGUGAAUGAUUAUUCUUCUGAUGCUAACGAUUAUUCUUCUCAAGCAACGGGUGAAAACGAUAAGAAGAUAGAUACGGGUAACAUUGAAGAAGCGGAAUCAUCUCUUCGUGAAAACGGUUCUUUAAACUAUGAGGAAGCAAGAGCAUUGUUAGGGAGAUACGAAUAUCAAAAGGGGAACAUAGAAGCCGCUCUUCACGUGUUUGAAGGGAUAGAUUUGGCGACUGUAAUUCCAAAGAUGAAAACUAGUUUAACCCAAAGAACCGAACCCCGUAAAAAAGUUUCCCAUAAUUACGGUGAUCCGCCAUUGUCGACACAUGCGGUUGGAUUACUCCUCGAAGCAAUUUAUUUGAAGUCAAAAUCAUUGCAAAUGCUUCAGAGGUAUAAAGAAGCUGCUCAAUCAUGCAAAGUCAUUCUCGACAUUAUCGAAUCGUCGUUACCCGAAGGCUUACCCGAAAACUUUGGUACUGAUUGUAAGUUGCAAGAAACGUUAAACCACGCAAUCGAGUUACUUCCCGAGUUAUGGAAACUCGCGGGUUCACCCCAAGAAGCGGUUUUGUCGUUCAGACGAGCCUUACUUCAUCACCAAACCCUAAACGCAGAGACAACCGCAAAAAUUCAAAAAGAUUUCGCCUAUUUUCUUCUUUAUAACGGAGGUGAAGAAGCCGUCCCCCCUAAUUUACGAUCCCAAAUGGACACUUCGUUCGUACCCAAAAAUAACAUCGAAGAAGCUAUUUUACUUCUAAUGAUUUUAUUAAGAAAAGUUUCGUUACAAAUGAUCAAGUGGGACCCGUUGAUUUUAGAUCAUCUUUCUUAUGCAUUAUCCAUUUCUAAUGGACUCGGAGCUUUGUGUGCACAGUUAGAAGAGUUACCUCCGGGUAUUAUCGACAGUAACGAACGGUAUAUUCUUUUAGCCCUAUGUUAUCAUGGGCAAGGUGAUGAUAUAUCGGCUUUACAUUUACUUAAAAAUAUAUACAAACACGAUGAUCCACAGUGUGGGCCCGCAUUACUGCUGGCAUCUAAAAUUUGCGGCGAAAAUUUAAGUUAUUUUGAAGAGGGUGCAAGUAGCGCUAAACGGGCCAUUCGGGCAUUGGAAGAUAAUUGUGACGAGAUGGUCGGAAUCGCUUAUUAUUUAUUAGGAAUUUCAAUUUCGGGCCAUUGUAGAUCGGCAAUUAGUGAUCUUGAACGAGUCGAGAAACAAGCGGAGGUGAUUCAGUGUUUAGAAACUGGUGGGAAAUUUACGGGAAUGAAUGAUUCGAGAAUCGUAUACAAUUUGAGUUUGGAAAAUGCCGAACAGAGGAAAUUGGACGUUGCGCUUAGUUAUGCGAAACGUUUGGUUAAAUUGGAAGGCGGGUCGAGUGUUAAAGGGUGGAUUUUAUUGGCUAGAAUAUUAUCGGGCCAGAAACGGUUUUCGGAGGGCGAAACGGUAAUUAACGCUGCUUUGGAACAAACCGGGAAAUGGGAUCAGGGAGAAUUGUUGAGAACUAAAGCUCGGCUUCAAGUUGCACAGGGUGAAAUAAAGAAUGCGAUUCAGACGUAUACGCAGAUUCUUGCGGUUCUUCAAGUUCAGGGUAAAAGUUUCCGAUCUCAGAAAAAGAAUCACGAGAUUGGUGGAAAACAACUUAAAAGUUUAGAGAUGGAAACAUGGCAUGAUCUGGCUAUGGUUUAUAUGAAAUUAUCACAAUGGGGUGAUGCCGAGGCGUGUCUUUUGAAAUCGGAGAGUAUCGAUUACUACUCGGCUUCUCGAUUGCAUAUCACCGGUUUACUCUACGAAGCAAAGGGCCUCGAUAAAGAAGCUCAAAAGGCUUAUGAGCUUGCACUAGACAUGGAUCCGGGUCAUGUGGCGAGUUUAGUUUCAUUGGCUGUGAUCAUCCGACGGGCUGGAGUCAAGCCUGCAGCAGCAGCCAAAAGCUUCUUAACAGAAGCGUUACGGCUAGACAGGCUUAACUCUUUGGCUUGGUACAAUCUGGGCUUAUUUUACAAAGAAGAUGGCCCGAUGUUCAUGCGGGAAGCUGCCAAUUGUUUUGAGGCUGCUAGCAUACUUGAGGAAACCGAGCCAAUCGAGCCAUUUAGAUAAUACCAUUUUAUUGUUGAUAUGAGGUUUUUUCAUUAUAUUUUAUUGUUUUGAGGAGAUGUAUGUACAAUAUACUUGAUGAGAAUGUGGUGUUGAGUUGUUGAGAUUGAUUGUUAUGUUAACCUACACUGGGGUCAAUACCCCUUGAACAAAACCUUGGGUGGUGCAGUGAUAAGCGUCCGAGUUCCCUAACAGAGGUUUCGGGUUUGAAUC